GGUUAGUUGAAGUGUAAAAGGAAAGGAGUCAGACAGUAUGCGUACAUACAUAGCUGACUGUGUGUUAGACAGUGUGUGUACAUACAGUAACUGACUGUUAGAGAGAAAGCGAACCAGAAAAACAGGCAGAAAGUCAUGGACACUGCAAGCAGAAGAAACGACUUUAAAAUCGACAACCCAAAGGACUUUGGAUUUUUCACAGAUGAAGAGUUGUUUGAUUUUUUCUGUCAAAACAAGGUAAAGAUGUCAACAAUAGAAAAGCCACUGAUGCUCCUCCGACAUCUGAAGGACAAUAGACUCAUUACAGAUGAGCUUUAUCAAAAGCUUGAGAACACUGGUGAAGAUAAUGAUGUGUACAGUGCAUUGGAGUACAUUGAAAAAAGUGGAAAGAAGAAUGUUAGAAAGUUCUGGGAAUGUGUGGCCCAGGAGCACAUAUUACAGCGUUACUCUCAACUCUCUGAAAUCACCGCAGCUCUGAAGAACUCUCUUGAGGGUCAGCCAACGAAACUAAUAAGAGAAAGAGUCGAGGAUCUAGGCACAGGACAAGAAAGAGAGGUUAAAAAGAGAAAGACAGAGAGCAACUCUGUGAGUGACCAAGCUGGACCAUCAUCAUCAAGCAUCAGCAGCCAGAGGAUGACAGAUGUACGCAUUAAGAGAGAUUCUCCAGAUCUUCCGAGCUCUCCAGACUCCAGAACAGAAUUGCCGUUUUCCCAUCCGUCCGUGCACUGUAAAGCAGAGGAUCUCUGGAACAUGGAUAAACACAAGAGAUUUCUUCCUGUCACAUGUGGGGAUGAACAGGCCUUUUUGGACAGAGAUGCAUUGUAUGAGAGAAAGAGGGACUGCAUUAAACGUGGCAAAGUAAUGAUCUCACCUUAUAUAUUUGAGGAAAUUGGUGGAAAAGGAUCAUACAAGUCCUGGAAAACAAGUAUAUUAUGCCAAGGCAUAACCCUCAACACUCUGAUUGAGAUGAAUAUUUUGAAGGUACCCAAAGAUAAUGGAAAAAUUACCCUUCGUAAAUGAUGUGCCAUGCAUCACAUUAUUUUGUUUUCAAUCAAUGAAUAUACUGAGAUUAUGAAUUCACAAAUUUUGUUCCACUUUUAAUAAAGUAAGUCAAUGAAUGGAGUGUUAGUGUGAAAUAAAGCUUCCCUGUUUAAUUAAUAUUUGGCUUUUACCUGAAGAGGGCAACACAGUUUUAUAAAAAAAACUGAUAUAUAUGAAACCUAUAUGCAGUGUAUAUGCACAUAUAGGCAAAAUUGAGGUGCAUAUAUGUGCAUAUACAGGAAAUAUAGGUCUCCUGUAUUGCUUCUUCAUAUCCACAUAUAAGCCCUAUACAUACGUUCGUUUUCGGAACGGUAAUAAUAUUAGAGGAACGCAGAACAGAAACGUUAAAAUAUCGAUUCUGCUCGGAGUGAACCGAUUGAAAAAAAAAUUCAAUCGGUUCACUCCGAGCAGAAUCGAUAUUUUAACGUUUCUGUUCUGCGUUCCUCUGAUAUUAUUACCGUUACGAAACCGGUUCGGGAGGAAGAAAUACCGGUUAAUAACGUUAUUUUUUAAAAACAAUAUUAUUUGCCUGUAAUUUGCCUAAUAAUAAUAAUAAUUUAAUAAUAAUAAUAAAGUAUAGCGUUUUCCUUAAUCAAAAAAAGGAAAAAAUACAGAUCUAACGCUUACAGUUUACAGUCUGAAAUAAAGGGGGGAGGGGGGGGGGUGUAUGGGGGUGUAUUGUAUAUGUACAGCCAUUAUAAUAACCUUAAUAAAAACUUUUAACUGGAAAAUCUACUGGAUUUUGAAAUGAUUUGGACAAAUGGAGAAGUACUCUGUAAAGUUGAAAAUUAUAAUUUACUAUUUGGUGAUAUUCUAAAAUGAGAUAAUAAGUGAAAGAAUUAAAAUGUAUAAUAAAGAUUUUAAAAACCAAAA